UCCAGCCCCAGCUCCUGCUGGUGCCAUCUGAGCUGACUGGGUGUGUAGGUGGGAAGAAGGAGAAAACCCACCCCAAGCCACGGGCUGCUCUGCUCUCUGGAGUCCUUUGCCUGCGCUCAAGAGGAUCUUGCAGCAUAGACCCGUGAUUCAACGACAUGUAGCCCCCUUUUGCCUUUUAAAGCAAAGAAACGUGUCUCUUAACCAAGGCGAACGUUGCUCUUAAAUCAACGGGGCUUUUGGAAAGCAACCCCCGAGGAGCUCUCCGUGUGAGGGGCCCCUUUAUUCAUAUAUGGGUUAUAAUUAGCCCCGGCUCCUGGGUCUCUAGUGAUUGCAGCAUCGGGGGUGAGAUCACUGCCUGCAUGGGAGAGGGAUAAAAACCUCAUCCCAAACCCGAAGGGGUCCUGCUUUUUUGGACUCGCUCUCUGUGAGCAUGUGGCUCUCGGAAAACCACGGCAACGGCAGCAUUUGAUUACACCGAUGAAAUGCCUCCCUAACCCAAGGGGCAAAAUUGGGUCUUCUGUGGGAAAGAGCCCUCCUCCUGGAAACUCUGCUGGGGAUCCACUUUAUUAGUUAUUACUAGCUGUAACUGGGCUGCUUUCCAUAGAGAUUUGCAGCAAUAGGGUGUUUGCCUGUGGCGUGUUGUUGUUAUACUGGCUUUUCUCUCUACAGUGACUGCAGCUAUUGGGGUUCUGGGGAAAAGGUUAUUUGCAGGGUGGAAGAGGUGUAUCAUACAAGGCACAGGAGCAGCAGGUUGCUGGGGAGAUUUGGGGAGAGGGUACACAGUCUAAAGGUGAGAAAUAGCAAUAUUAGGCUUUUGGGGGGGGGUGCAUCCUGUAAGGGAGAGGAGCACUGAUAGUAGUGACAGAGGAGGGAGCAGCACUAUGACUCAUUUGCAGGCAGGUCUGUCCCCAGAGACACUGGAGAAAGCCCGACUGGAACUGAAUGAGAACCCAGAUACCCUGCACCAGGACAUCCAGGAGGUGCGGGACAUGGUGAUCACACGGCCAGACAUUGGCUUCCUCCGUACAGAUGAUGCCUUCAUCCUGCGCUUCCUGAGAGCCAGGAAGUUUCAGCACUUUGAGGCAUUCCGCCUGCUGGCCCAGUACUUUGAGUACCGGCAGCAGAACUUGGACAUGUUCAAGAGCUUCAAGGCCACUGACCCUGGCAUCAAGCAGGCGCUGAAGGACGGCUUCCCAGGUGGGCGGGCCAACCUCGACCAUUAUGGCAGGAAGAUCCUGGUCUUGUUCGCUGCCAACUGGGACCAGAGCAGGUACACACUGGUGGAUAUUUUGCGUGCCAUACUUCUUUCUUUAGAAGCCAUGAUUGAAGACCCUGAACUUCAAGUGAAUGGAUUUGUUUUGAUUAUAGACUGGAGCAACUUCACCUUCAAGCAGGCCUCCAAGCUCACACCAAGCAUGCUGAGAUUAGCCAUAGAGGGUCUUCAGGAUAGUUUUCCAGCUCGGUUUGGAGGAAUUCAUUUUGUCAAUCAACCAUGGUAUAUCCAUGCCCUCUACACAGUUAUCCGACCCUUUUUAAAGGAGAAGACACGAAAAAGGAUAUUUCUGCAUGGUAAUAACCUCAACAGCCUGCAUCAGCUAAUUCAUCCUGAGAUCUUACCUUCUGAGUUCGGAGGGAUGCUGCCACCCUAUGACAUGGGCACAUGGGCGAGAACUCUGCUAGACCAUGAGUAUGAUGAUGACAGUGAGUACAAUGUGGACUCCUACAGCACUCCUGCAAAAGACCUAGAAAAGGAUCUCUCUCCCAAAUCCAUGAAGAGAUCUCAGUCAGUGGUGGAUCCUGGGGUGCAGAAACGCCUGGAUAAAAAUGAGGAGGAAAACAUGCAGCCUCUGCUUUCACUGGACUAACAGUUUCUGAGCAUCAAACGUGAAUUGGGGUGGAAGGUCCUGCUUUUCAGCAGCAAGCAAACCAUUGGAAAGGUCAUGUACCAGCUGGGAUUCUAUUUAUUCAUGUUAAUGUAGCAUAAUGUAAUCAGGCAGCAGGUUAUGCUAGUCUGCCUGAAACAUGGGUGUCCUGGGUUGAAAAAAUACAAUUUAUUCUGUAAGUGCCAACUUGUUUGUAAAUAUAAUGUAAUCUUCCACUUUGAAUUUGUAAGUUAUGCUAGGCAAGUAAUAUGGAGAAGUGACUAUUAAAAUGCACUGUAAAAGGGAACACACACCAACUCCUGCAAACAAAAAUAUUAUUGAUUAAGUUUUGUCCUUUCUGUAGGAAGCUAUCUUGCAGCUUAAUAUUGACAGCUUUUUGACCCUGUCAUGAUCAUCCAGCAUUCAGAGACAGUGAGAAUAUAAGAACUUGGAAAUAGGGAAAACCACCCUAGUUACGACAAUAGCCUAUACAAAUUUAUUUUGCCAAUAACCUUGUGGUUUUGGGUGUUUACUUGGAAUAAAUCAUGCAGCAUAGGGGAAAAGAGGUAACAUUAUAUGAGCAAGGAACAAAUACCUCUUCUUCUUCAUUGUUUGGCUGUAUGGACUUGUGAGCUUUUCUUCCGUUAAGUUUACAAGAGAAGUUUGGGGUUUGGAAACUGCUUGACUCAUUCACCUAAUCUGGGCCUUACAGUGUGUGUCAUAUUGGAGUUACUUCUGUUGCAUAUUGUGCUCACUUCAAGAUUUUUUCCAGAACAUUCUCCUCUCUUGGAGUGAAAAAAUAUUCAUCCCAAUGCAGUAUAAGAACUAGAAUUUUGAACUGCAGCAGCAGGCUCGGGGUUAAUUAUGAAAUCCUGUGCACUGGGUGACUGAAUACAUAUAUAUUUUUACCAAUCUUUAACUAACAUAUAAAGUGACAUUAUUAGACAAGUAUAUUUAAUCCAGGGUUUAUAAAAUAAAUCAUACCUAUUCAAUGUACUUAGAGAUAUUAUAGAUUGUAUAUUGAGACAAUGUGAUCAUUAUUAACAUAGUAGAAUCUUAUGUACAGCAUCCCACUUCAAGCACGGAGUAAUAUGAAUGAGGCAUAGUCAAGCUAUUCAGUGUAGACAUUAAAGACAUUUUUGUUUCGGUUGUGGUGUAAUUGUAUAUAUUAAACAUGUGCCAUACUACAGAAAUAUUCUUACCUCAGAAGAGCGACUGGUUUCAACGUGGACUGAAUAGAGUCGGCUGAAAUUUGGGGGCUGUAUGUUCAUAUCUGUUGUGCUAAUAUGCACAGGCACCAAGAUAAGAAUGUGCCCCCUGAAACUGACGAGAUAUUUUCAUUGGGAUUAACACUGCAAUCAGACAAGGAUGGGAAAACAAAGAAAGUCAAGACAAUACUGCUGAGUUAUAGAGGUACUGUAGGAACGUAUCAGAAUCAGUUAGGGCAGGGAUGGGGAACCUAAGUUGCCUGAAUCUGGCCCCUGAGGGUUAGGACCUCCCCCAGCAUUGGGAAGCCCAUGCUGGCACUCCAGUCCCCUGCUGCCUCCCAUAUGUGUCAGGUCACUGAUCAUUUCCAAAGGUGGCUUUAGAGUGAAACAUUAAUAUAGAAUUUCAAAUAAAAAAUCCAGCAGGAGAACUGUAGCUUUCAGAAUUAAGCUAUAGAUAAGGCCACACCAAUGUUGGUAUUGUCAAAUGGGGUUCUGCCCUAUCCAAAGUGCCACUCUCUCUUUUUACUUAGAAACCACCAGAUGUAUUCUGACCAGAACAAGCGAAACAGAAGUACCUCUUUAGUAUUCAUGGAGGGAGCUGUGAGAUUACUAAGUGGUAUAUGUCUGCAUUUAGUGCCUCAACAUGUGGUUAUAUUACAGUGAUCAUUCUGAACAAAUCAUUGUAUUUCUGCAUAUAAACUACACACUAAAAAUAUAGUUAUGAAAAUAAUAAUAUACAAGUCCUGAAUUUAAAAAACGUUGAGCCCUGACAGUUUUAACAGAAGUCUGUGAAAACUGUAGGAGCUCACAACUUUGCACCCUUCCCAGAUUGUAUAGUGACCUCCUUUUCCAAUGGCAGAACGACCUAUAUCUUUCUAUUGUUAAGCUUUAAAAGAUGAUGGAACUGAGUUACGAAUUCUAUCACCAUUAGUGUUACACCGUGCUGAAUAUCCAACUUGCACCUCGAGGGCUCAAAAAGAUGCUAUAUUUCUAUGUAUGCUACACAUAACAAGCACUUGUGGAUAUCAGGAUGGUAUGUUCACAUAAAUCCUAAUCUUGAAAUCCUUACUCAGGCAAAAUUCUCACAAUAGAUCUUUUUCCCUGCAUAUGGAUUUCAAAGUUUUGCCCAGAGUUAAUGUUCCCUAUCUAAGCAUAACUAAAGAUAGGGAUGGUCCAAAACUUGAUGGAAGUUCCAAGUCUAGCAGAAGCAGUUCCAUGUUGCACUACCAGCACCGAAUAUUAAUUUGACAGUAAAAAAGAAAAAAAAACAACAAUUUUUGCGCAAACCUUUUCACUUAAUUGUCAGCAUCUACAGAGAAGAUUUUAGCCUCUGCUUCUUGUGGAAAAUAUUCUUUAGAAAAAAGAUAGAGUUAAAUUGCAAUAGAUUUUUAGCCUAUUUUUCAGUCCAAAUUUGAGCUAUCUUCAUUAUUAUGGAAGACAGAUGACUCAUUCUUGUACUGUAACAUUAUUGCUUUAGUGGUACAACUUCAAACAUAGGAUGGAAUCCUGUGUUCCUGCUUUUGUUUGUUUGGGCAGUAUUAACCUUUAGUAUUCAAGUUCUGUGCUAUUUUUCUUAAAUGUAAAAAAAAAAAUCUUUUGUGGAAAAGGAAUUAGCAGUAUUAAAUACCGGUGACCACAGAGUUAGGUGAAGAAGGUAUUAUGGUUUAAAAAUUAGAGUUAUCUUGUUAGUCUUUAAAGUGCUACAUUGUCCUGCAUUUUGCUUCAGGUCUUAAGCAGGCUCUCAUUCCCUUUAAACUAUGUCUCUGUGUAUAAAACAAAUAUUUGUAAAGUACUGGAAAUUCAUGUAAUCUUUUGUGCUCAAAAGGCCUAAGCCAGUACCCAAGGAAGUCAAUGAGGAUCUUUCUGUUCACUUUACUGAGCACUGAAUCAGGUUGCAAUAACCUCUUAUAAAUACCAAAAUUUACAUGGCCUCUUAGAUCCAAAAGUGAUUAUAUAGAACAUGGUUUUUAUCUCAGUUACGUCCCAGAAGGCAUGUAAGUUUCUUGGACAAUAUAAAAAAGAAUUGUUUUAGACUCUAGUGUCCCUCUUCACAAAAAGAAACCAUUGUUUUAGUUUAAUUAAGUCAGCAUGCUAAGGGGAAUACAGGCAGUCCCCGGGUUACGAAUACAGGCAGAUAGGGACUGUAGGUUUGUUCUUAAGUUAAAUU